GAGAGAGAGAGAGAGAGAGAGAGAGAGAGAGAGAGAGAGAGAGAGAGAGAGAGAGAGCCUUGCAAGACAGAGAGAUAUCAAGUCCCAGAGAGAUGGAUGUCAGUGAGAUGACUGAGAAGGUCAGGUCAGAACUGACCUGUUCUAUCUGUUUGGACCUCUUCACCCAGCCAGUGACCCUUGACUGCGGGCAUAGCUUCUGCAGAGAGUGUGUUCUUCGGAGCUGGCAGGAAGCCCAAGUCCCAUGGACAUGCCCACUGUGCAGGGCAAGCAGUCAGCCCAGAGCCUUAGAGCCCACCCAGGUCCUGGAGGCCCUGGCCUCCAGCAUCAGCAGGCAGCUGAGACUUCCCAGAGAUGUGGGUGGCCAGGCCAGGUGUGGCCAACACCAAGCCGUUCAGAAGCUGUUCUGUGAAGAUGAUUUCAGCCCACUCUGUGUCUCGUGCUUACUCCCUCAAGAACACGAAGGUCAUCGUGUGUAUCCCCUGGAAGAGUCUGCGGAGACCUGCAAGGCACAGCUGCAGGAAGCCCUUGGCCAGGCCUGGGAUAAGGCGAGAGAGGCUCACAUGUUGCUGGAGCAGGAGAGAGAAAGGAGGCUGAGGUGCCGGAGGGAGGCUGCCACUCUGAAGCGGGUCAUCUUGCCAGAAUAUAUCAAGACCCACCUUGUGUGGACAGAGGACCAACAACAGGAUCUCCUGGACAAGGAAAAGAGAAGGAAUGUGAAGAGAUUAUGGACCAGUGAGGCCAGAAUCUCCAAGUAUGUCCAAAGCCUCAGGAAGCUGAUUGAGGAGCUCGACAAGACUUUGGAGCAGCCCCUGGUGGAGAUGCUCCUGGCUGGGAGGAGCACUUUGGAAAGGAGUCGGGAGCUGCUGCUUCGGUGUCCAGAGCCUGCUGCCCUACGCUGGACUCUGUGUGGAACCACUGGAAUGAGGGAGCUCCUACUGGCCUUCCAGAGCCACAUCAUUCUGGAUCCGGGAACAGCCCAUUCCUAUCUCAGCAUCUCUGGAGAUCUGAAGAGCGUGAGGCUUGCUAGCCAUUGGUGGCACCUUCUGGACAACCAGCAAGAAGAGGUGGAGCGUCUUGUUUGUGUGCUGGGUGCUCAGAGCUUCACCUCAGGGAGCCAUUAUUGGGAGGUGGAGGUAGGAAGCAAGACAGAGUGGGAAGUGGGCAUCUGUACAGGGCCAGGAAACAACCAGGGCAGCAUCCAUGGGGAUGUGCUCUCCCUCUCUUGCCUCAACAUGGGAGAACAAUUUGAACUGUGGAUCUCUCACACCAUGGAAGACCCUGAGGAUACAGGACCCCUGCACAGGCUGGGCAUUUUCCUCCAAUACGAAGGGGGACACCUGUCAUUUUACAAUGUGACCCAGGGCUGCCUGAUCUACGCCUUUCCCCCGGUCACCUUCCAAGGUCCUCUCAGGCCUUUCUUCUCCCUUGGCCUGCUGCAGGAGGAGAAUCAGCCCAUCCCUCUCACCAUCUGUCCACUGAGCCCUCAUCCCUGAGGGAGCUCAUGCCAUUCCACCUGGCCUAGGCUCUGGGGCUCCAUUCAGGGAGAGGAUCCAUCCUGUGCCGAAUUCCUUAGUGAAAAGCUCCAGGACCAGCGAGAGUGACACCAAGGGACUGCAACGGGAAAAGGAUGGACCACAGAGCUACCAGUGGAAAAGGAAAAACAAACAAAGAAAAAAAUAACAAAAAAAAAUAGGAGCAGAGAUCUGGAGACCAAUUUUGGGAAUUGUAAGGGUGAUAUUAGAAAAUAAGUACUGUUUUAUUAGUUUAGGGAUAAGAAGUAAAGUGGCUGGCUUGAGAAAAGAACUGGAGUUGGAAGCAGAGCUGAGAGAGUGUGUACAUUUCAACUGCUGACAGUUAUAACCAUUUUUCUGCGUCAAUUACGCUCUCUGGAAGUUGGCAGAGAUAUGCACUCUCAGAGACUCUCUCUCAGGACUGGAGGAGGUAGCAUCAUGGCCACCCCACCCCCCCUCUGUCUGUCUGUCUGAGGGAAAAGACCUGAAGGAGCUCGGCGUUUUCCUUUCCCAACUGGGGAAACACUAUUGAAUAUCUAUUGUGGGUUUUGUAGAUUCUUUAACUCUGAGAAAACCAAAGAAAAACUUGGCCUUUGGUUUGGACUCAGAGUCCUAACUUGCUUCUUGACUCAACCAGGUAGCCUUUGCUAUUUCAUCAUCUGAAGGUGAGGUCAAGCUUUCGAAAGAUAAUAGCAGUAGGUUUUAUUUAGAUAGUAUAAAUUUGGGUUAGUCAAAUCAGAGAGGAUUAGUGUAGCCGGUGAAACACAGGAGAAGCCGUUCCUUGGGGAAACUGGGAGUCC